AUGGUAUCAAUUCCAGUUACGUCCCUCUAUGGGCUCGAUCGCCAGCAGCCCUUCCAAGACCCAUCAAAGUCGCUAUGGACUCACUUAAACUUGCUCAUGCCUCAAGAAGCCCAAUCUCAGCCAGUAACUGGCACUCUGACCGAAACAGAAACAACAAGCUCUAGUUCCGAUUGCGAGUCUCACGGUGCAUCUGACCUCGAGACACAUAGAAAGCUCACUCAAGAAAAGAUAAUCUGGGCUCCUCUUGAUUACCUUUGCAAUUUCCCAGGCAAAGAUAUCAGAGGCAAGUUGAUUUCGGCUUUCAACCAAUGGCUCCAAAUCCCAGAGGACAAACUCGACGUCAUCAAGCGGGUGGUCGGCCUGCUGCAUUCGGCCUCGUUGCUAAUUGACGAUAUACAAGACUCGUCGAAACUCAGGCGAGGAUUCCCCGUCGCGCAUAGCAUUUUCGGUAUCGCGCAGACUAUCAACUCGGCCAAUUUCGCCUACUUCUGGGCUCAACAGGAGCUACAAAAGCUAGGUAAGCCUGAGGCUCUGAUCGUCUUCACAGAAGAGCUGUUGAGGCUCCAUCGCGGGCAGGGGAUGGAUCUCUACUGGCGAGAUGCCUUGAUCUGCCCCACGGAAGACGAGUACCUUGAAAUGGUUGCCAACAAGACCGGCGGGCUGUUCCGGCUUGCGAUCAAGCUGAUGCGGAUGGAAAGCCAGAAUACAAAGGAUUGCGUGCCGCUCGUCGAUCUCCUCGGAAUCAUUUUCCAAAUCCGCGAUGACUACCAGAACCUUCAGAGCGACCUGUAUGCUAAGAACAAAGGAUUCGGUGAAGACAUCACUGAGGGCAAAUUUUCCUACCCCAUUAUCCACAGCAUUCGCAGUGAUCCGAGUAAUUUCCAGUUGAUGAAUAUUCUGAAGCAAAAGACUGACGACGAAGAUGUCAAGCGGUACGCUGUUCGCAUUAUCGAGUCUACUGGAAGCUUCGAUUAUUGCCGCAAGAAGCUGGCGAGUCUUACAGCAGAGGCGAGAGAAAUGCUGAAAGAUUUUGGUGAUCUAGGCAACACAGAUGGGUUGAAGGGUAUAUUGGACUUUCUGGAGCUGAAGGAGUAG